AUGGAGUUUCUGCAGUUCGAUCCUCGUACGAAUGAGUUCGUAUCGAUUGAAUGGUGGCGAUUGACGUACUACACGAUCCAGUCGAACAUUCUGAUGGUAGUUCUCUACGCUGUUUUGUCGAGGCGGGAUUGGCGGAUCAUGAAGGCUGGAAAGGAAGCUCGCGAUGUUGUAUUCCCAGGGCUGCGUUCUGGUUCCGGUAGAGCUAGCCGGAGUGGAGGGUUGGCAGCUGUUGAAUCAUUAUCGGCAGCUGAAAAGGCUUUGUCUUUGGAUCAGAAGACGGGUCUGAAGACGGGUAUGAAGACGGGUAUGAAGACCCGUUACUACAAGUUUAUGUGCACUAUGGCGGUGGCCGUGACGGGUAUCGUGUGGCACGUGUUGAUUAAAGACAACGACUUCCUGGCGACAUGGCCCUGGCGUCGUUUGAUCCCUGGACACAUUCUGCACACGGUGAUUCCGAUCUCAGGUGUUACAGAUUGGCUGUUGUUCGACCCCAAGGGCCAGGUCACAACGGGUAUGGCCUUCAGCUCCAUCAUCUGUCCUCUCUUGUACAUGAUUUACGCCAUCAUCCGAGCACAACUCGGUGGACCACUCGGACACUACAGCGACGGCACACCCUACUACUACUGGUACACUUUUCUCGAGACUACAGCACCCUUUAAACUUUUCCCCUCAUCCGUAUUCGACGCAGACGGCUCCUUCGCCGUCUUCCUCAAUGCCGUCGUACUCAGCACCGCCAUCCUCACCUUCGCCUUCAUGAUCAAAGCCAUUGACGAAUUCCUCAAACUCGCCACACGAGCAGUCACCCUCUAUUCAACUCCACCCACGCCCGCCCCUCACUACUAA